GUACAGGCGCGCGGCGGAGGAACUGGGUAUACCCAACAGCAAGCUCGUGGUAUAUUUCACAACGGCCGACAUUUUCAAAAAAAAAAAAAAAAAAAAAAUCCCGUUAACUCGGCAUUUAAUAAUCUUUGGACUUACCGAGAGAGUCGUGUACUACUACUACUGGAUCUAAUAUUGUCUGAAGUUGUAUGCGGUCAACAACUCGUCCCGAUCGAGGGGUUUCCAGCGUCCGACCGGACGGACGGAGAGCCGCUCUCCGCCUCGGGAUCACCGGGGUUUUAAAGGACUCUCAAGGGGCAAAGAAGAAGAAGUGUGUGAAAAAUAGCAACGGCGACGGACAUUUUCCGCCCUUAUUACUCUGUGCUGAAGGAUAUUAAGAUUUUUUUGUGUGGCUGGAUACUAUAUUUUUUACCUGUGCAAGAGGAGAGAGGGGAGGAAUCAGCCCAGACAAAGGUACAAAGGGAGAGAGGCCGACGAGGUGAUACAUCCAGUGGCCGGGGGUCUUGAGAGUGCGCCUCGCAGCCGAGAACAAGGCUUUGUCCGCCGCCAUCCUGCGCAUACAGGGGAGGGGGUGGCGGUGAUUUUAUCGCACCUUUACUGGGAUUACGGACAGAGAGGAGAGAAAACACAUUGAAUCCCCUUGUGUAAAGGACGCGACAUGUAUCCACAAGGCCGGCAUCCGGCACCUCACCAGCCAGGGCAGCCUGGCUUCAAGUUCACAGUAGCAGAGUCCUGUGACAGGAUCAAAGACGAAUUUCAGUUCCUGCAGGCCCAGUACCACAGCCUUAAAGUGGAGUACGACAAACUGGCCAAUGAGAAGACAGAGAUGCAGCGUCACUACGUCAUGUACUAUGAGAUGUCCUAUGGGCUCAACAUUGAAAUGCACAAACAGACUGAGAUUGCCAAGCGUCUCAAUGCAAUUCUGGCUCAGAUCAUGCCGUUCUUGUCACAAGAGCAUCAACAGCAGGUGGCUCAGGCUGUUGAACGAGCCAAGCAGGUGACGAUGACAGAGCUGAAUGCGAUCAUCGGGGUACGUGGACUUCCCAAUCUGCCUCUGACUCAGCAGCCGCCUCAUAGUGUCUACCCAGCCUUCAUGCAGCAGCAGCUUCAGGCUCAGCACCUCUCUCACGCGGCCCACGGCCCCCCUGUGCAGCUGCCCCCCCACCCUUCGGGACUGCAGCCACCCGGCAUCCCCCCUGUGACUGGCGCCGGCUCCGGCCUGCUGGCUCUGGGUGCUCUUGGCAGCCAGGCCCACCUGCCUGUAAAGGAUGAGAAGAACCACCACGACCUGGAGCACAGAGAACGCGAGUCGAGCACGAAUAACUCCGUGUCGCCAUCAGACAGCCUGCGGGCAGCAAGCGAGAAACACCGUGGCUCUUCAGAUUACAGCCUCGACGCCAAGAAACGCAAAGUGGACGAGAAAGACAGCAUGAGCCGAUAUGACAGUGACGGAGACAAAAGCGACGACUUAGUGGUGGAUGUUUCCAACGAGGAUCCAGCCACCCCUCGAGCCAGCCCGGCUCACUCGCCUCCAGAAAACGGCCUGGAUAAAUCACGGGUCCUGAAGAAGGACGCGGCCCCCAACAGCCCCGCCUCCGUCACCUCCUCGGGAAGCACGCCGUCGUCUAAAGCAAAGGACCACGCCCAUAAUGACAAGUCGUCCACACCGAGCCUCAAGUCCAACACACCGACACCGAGGAACGAGGCACCUACACCCGGAACCAGCACCACUCCAGGACUACGACCUCUUACGAUGGGCAAACCACCCGGCAUGGAGGCAUUAGCCGCCCCAGCGCUGCGUACGCCUCUGUCCAUUGCGGGUUCCUACGCCUCCCCGUUUGCGAUGAUGGGCCAUCAUGAGAUGAACGGAUCCCUGACGAGCCCGGGCGUCUACCCGGGUCUGAUCUCGCCACAGAUGAGCGCUGCAGCUGCAGCCGCCUAUGGACGCUCACCGAUUGCGGGGUUCGACCCUCAUCCUCACAUGAGAGCUCCCGGCCUGCCAGCCAGCCUCACGUCCAUCUCUGGAGGAAAACCAGCUUAUUCUUUUCAUGUGAGUGCAGAUGGUCAGAUGCAGCCCGUGCCCUUCCCUCCAGAUGCACUGAUAGGCCCGGGCAUCCCGCGCCACGCUCGCCAGAUCAACACGCUGAGCCACGGGGAGGUGGUGUGUGCUGUCACCAUCAGCAACCCCACACGCCACGUCUACACCGGCGGGAAGGGCUGUGUCAAGAUCUGGGACAUCAGCCAACCAGGCAGCAAGAGCCCAGUGUCCCAACUCGACUGCCUGAACAGGGACAAUUACAUCCGCUCCUGCAAGCUGUUGCCUGACGGCCGCACCCUAAUAGUGGGUGGCGAGGCCAGCACGUUGACCAUAUGGGACCUGGCCUCACAGACGCCACGCAUAAAGGCCGAGCUCACUUCCUCCGCUCCGGCCUGCUACGCACUGGCCAUAAGCCCCGACGCCAAGGUCUGCUUCUCCUGCUGCUCGGAUGGAAACAUUGCCGUGUGGGACCUCCACAACCAGACCCUCGUUAGGCAGUUCCAGGGCCACACAGAUGGAGCCAGCUGUAUCGAUAUCUCCCAUGACGGGACCAAACUGUGGACCGGAGGACUCGACAACACUGUCCGCUCCUGGGAUCUGAGGGAGGGACGGCAGCUCCAGCAACACGACUUUACCUCACAGAUCUUCUCGUUGGGUUACUGUCCCACUGGAGAGUGGCUUGCUGUCGGCAUGGAGAGCAGCAACGUGGAGGUGCUCCACCACACCAAGCCUGACAAGUACCAGCUGCACCUGCACGAAAGCUGCGUCCUCUCACUCAAGUUCGCCUACUGUGGUAAAUGGUUUGUGAGCACAGGAAAAGACAAUCUGCUGAACGCAUGGAGGACUCCUUAUGGUGCCAGCAUAUUCCAGUCGAAGGAGUCGUCCUCCGUCCUGAGCUGUGACAUCUCAGCAGAUGACAAAUACAUUGUGACAGGAUCCGGUGACAAGAAGGCCACCGUCUACGAGGUCAUCUACUAGAGAGAGACGAGGCUCCCGCUGCAGCACUUCACAUGAGAUGACUUUUCCGUCCGUCUGUGGACUACACCACGCUGAGAGAAACUACAGAUUUGUUGAUCUGAACUUGGCAGAAAUCGAUGGAGCUGUUGGACAAAGGAUGUUUGUGCUGGAAAGACGUUUUUUUCUGCCCUUUUUGUUUUGGAGGGUUUAUUUUUGGGUUACACAUUUUUUGUGACUUCUGAAUUGUUUUCCUUGAGAAUUUUUGGGUGCGACCCGAAUAAGUGGCGCUUCUUUCUGAGAACCUCGUUCCCCCUGACGUCUUGUGAAAAGUGUACAUAUCGGAUUAAAUAAAAGACAUUUUAUAUAUAUUAUAAAAAUAUAUAUAUUUUCAUGUCCUGGGUGUACUUGUGAUGAUUUUUUUUUUUUGGCCCACUCUGUCUUAUGCCAUGAUAUCUGAGUGGGAGAACCGAACAUAGAUUAGAACUUUUUAUCAAUUUUACUUGUUGAUUUUCUUAAAGCACAUUCUCCGCGCUGACCUUUUCAGAAAUCAAACAGAGGAGCAUGAGACUUGUAAGAAAGACGAUUUCUGGAGAUUUUUAAAAUGGCCUUUUGUCACAGUGCUCUUACCGGACGAUGAACACGUGGAGUCCUCUGACUCCGGCAGAGCCUCGGCUGGUUUGGACCACUGCAGGACGGAGCGGGACACUAUGAUUCAGGAAGAGAUUGAUGUAAAUUUAAUUCAUAUAUAUAAAAAAGACGUUUUUAAAGUGUACUGCUCUGUCUGUGCUAUCCUUCUCCCUGUUUGUUUUACCUUGUUAGAUGAUGGGAGAUGGAGAACGUUUAAUGUUUAGCCUAACCCUUGGACCUCAGUUGGCAGCAGACGCACUGCAGCAGGCACAAACUGGAUGAAAAUGUGCUUUUUGCUAACAUGACGUAACAUGGAUGUUGUUGAAUUGCACCAUUGAUUUCUUGGCUAAACUCAAACAGUUCAAUCUGCGCUAUUGGAAUCUUCUGCCCUUUGUAUCGUAAUAUUCCUGGAACAUGUUUGGUUGGCGGGGACAUGUAAAUGCUCACGAGGACGGAGGGAACGGCACUUAAAUGUAAACAAAAAAUGAGUGAAUCAAGUGUCUCCCAUGUUGCCGUUAAGGAGACAGUGAAUAAUUCUGGUUUGUACACUGUGCUCCGGAUCCUGUCAGCAUUUCCCACAAGAAGAUAAAAAUCGGCGAAAUGCGCCACCAAUCACACCAAAGUAUGUAGCAAAUGCUGUCAGCACUGAAAAGAAAUGUACAGUUGUUAAUAAAUCAAUAAAACGGUUUUUGUAGAACGGCC